CUAUAACAUAAUGAAGGAAAGGAGAAAUAACCAGCCGUUGGUGGUGAGAUGUAAACUGGUUCUUGUGGGAGAUGUUCAAUGCGGAAAAACGGCGAUGUUGCAAGUCCUGGCCAAGGACUGCUACCCAGAGACCUACGUACCCACGGUGUUCGAAAACUACACAGCCUGUCUGGAGCUGGAGGAGCAGCGCGUGGAGCUCAGUCUGUGGGACACGUCAGGUUCCCCGUACUACGACAACGUGAGGCCCCUCUGCUACAGCGACUCCGACGCCGUGCUGCUCUGCUUUGACAUCAGCCGCCCAGACACUGUCGACAGCGGUUUGAAGAAGUGGAAGACCGAGAUCCUGGACUUCUGCCCCAGCACACGCAUCCUUCUCAUUGGCUGCAAGACCGACCUGCGUACAGACGUGUGCACGCUGAUGGAGCUGUCCAAUCAGAAGCAGACCCCCAUCACUCACGAGCAGGGCUCGGCCAUGGCCAAGCAGCUGGGUGCGGAGGCCUACCUGGAGUGCUCCGCCUUCACCUCGGAGAAGAGCAUCCACAGCGUGUUCCGCACGGCGGCGCUGGCCUGCAUCAACAAGCUGCAGCCCCUGCCCAAGUCCAGCCCCACCCGACGCCUCUCCAAGAGACUGCUCCACCUCCCCAGCAAGUCCGACCUGCUCACCUCCAACUUCAAGAAGGAGAAGGCCAAGAGCUGCUCCGUCAUGUGA